AUGGACCCCUUCAUUGUACCCUACCACAUCGUCCCUCAGCGCCUCUCUUUCUCCGACCUCCAGCUCUUGAACACCAACACCCGCCUCCCCACUCUCCUCCCCGGAAACUCCAUCCUCAUCACCAACACCUCCGCCUCCAACUUCACCCUCGACGACUCUCCGAUCACCCAACCAGACUUCUACAGCACCUCUGCCUUGGCUGUACACUCCAUUGCAUCCCUUCUUGACUACGCUCUCUAUGGUGGCGAUGGAUUCGGCUCCUUGCCGAAACCGGAGGUCGUUACACCCGCACCACUGCCCUCCGCGCCAGGACCACAAAUCAUUGACUCAUCAACGGUUGCUGCGUCCUUGUGUAGCCACUUUCCAAUUGAUCUUCUCUUGGUUGCUUGCGCGCUACUUUUCACAUUCAAGAUUCACGGGAACCCUCUUUCUUGCUAG